CCGCCUUGGAUCGUCUAAAGACAGACCCCAUCACAGUUGCCUAUCUAUCUUUCCCCUCUUUCUGUUCUGAAAUUUGAUAUUCUCUAUCCAAUCGUCAAGAUGUCACUGGCUUCACAGACCCCCAGGUCGACGUCCUGUCUUCUACGCCUGGCCGGCUAUACUACCCGUGCCAGCGGCUCUACGGCUCUCAGAUCAACUUCUAGACCCAUGCUGCGCUUGCUGCACGAAUUCCAAUCUCCCCUCAAGACAUCUGUUGCUUCACUAGAGUCCGGAGACUCCGGAUUGGAUACAUCCUUUCCCUUACAAGAGUUCACUUUCCUGCAGAACCUCAUCAAGAACACGCCUCUCUUCCUCCAACCAUCCAAGCGGAAAGUGGACGAAUUCCAAUUUCCCCUAGGAACCACAUUCAAGGCUUCCUCACGGGAGAUCGGCCUCGAAAUGAAGGAUGCAUUUGCACAGGCCUUGAGGGAGUACGGUAUCAUUGCUAUCGAGCUGGGAUUCGACGAUCCCAAGAGUCACUUUAUGCUCGAGGUGGUGGAGGCGAUGGGCUGUACGCCUGACACGCACUCCAGUACGGAGGGUGCCUUGUGGGACAUUACCUACCGACCCAGCGGUGUCAUCAGCCAGAAAACCGCAGGCAGCGUGGUCAGCCGCUCCCACUCCCUGGGCGAAUUCGCCUGGCACACCGACGGCAGCUUCGAAGCCAAACCGCAGCGAUUUUUUGGUCUGCACAUCAUUCACCCAGACAAGCUCGGUGGAGGCAUUUUCCGCGUCCUCCCCGUCAACGAUCUUGUUAAGCUGCUGUCCCCGGUCUCGCUUGAAGCUCUCCAUAACCACGAGUUCGAGAUUCAAGUUCCCCCUGAGUUCUACAAGGGGACAGCCACGAAUAGGGGUAAAUUACUGUCCAUCGAUCCGGAGACUGGCCGGUACCUUGUGCGCUUCCGUCGUGAUAUUCUCGCCAAUCCUCCCAGUGAUGAUCCCGUUGCCAAUACGGCCGUUGCUGAGCUCAAUGCUAUCCUCGAGAAACCAGAUAACGUGGGACAGACCUUCUCUGAGGAUAUCUUCAAGGAGAACGUUAUCAUCCUGAUGGAUAAUGCGCGGUUCUUGCACUGUCGCACCGAGAUCAAGGAUCCUAGACGCCUCCUGAGACGGGUGCGUUUCAAUGGCACCCCUGGAGUGCGGAAGUAG